UACUGUCCUGUAGUCUUGUUCAUUACAUCUAUAACUAUUAGAAGCCAGUACAACCACUUUUAAAGAGAUGAAAUCACAAAAAUAAACAUGCAAACACCAAACAAUCACAAGCUCCUGGACGAAAAGUUGAAAACAUGACUUCAAAAUGAAUUUCACAUCUAGAAAUGUCUUCAACUGUCUAUUUUUUCGACCCUGGCUAGGUGUGCCAUUAGGGAUAUGGGUUGCUGUAUCAGUGGUCUAUUAUUGGUGGUUAAUAUCCAGAAUUGAUGUAUUGGAGACUGAGAAUAAGGUGAUAAAGAGGCAACUCUCUCUUAAUAUAAUGCCCCAUCAGAUUGCCGAAUCGGAAAGUAGUUACUCAGUUCCACAGAUUCCUGACACAUCAGGCACUCUAUGUGAAACAGUGCACAUAGCACUGGUGUGUAUGGGUAAAUGUACAAGACUCAUCACCCCCAUGCUCAAAUCCUUGCUGCAUCACAGACAGAACCCUUUGCACUUUCAUUUCAUCGUCGGAACAGGCUCGCAACACACUAUCAGUAAACUGUUUGAUACAUGGGACUUGCCUGAUGUAAAUUACACCUGUUACAAUGUCCAGAACAGACUAUCAGAAGUGAGAUGGAUACCAAACAGGCAUUAUUCUGGCAUCUAUGCACUAGUCAAGCUACUCUUCCCCAGCAUACUACCCAACUCAUUGAAACAAGUGAUUGUACUGGAUUCCGAUUUGACAUUUCUAUGUGAUGUGGCUGAGCUGUGGCAUAUGUUUACAAAUAUGACUGACGAUCAGUAUAUAGGUCUAGUAGAAAACGAAAGCAACUGGUAUUCCAACACUGAAACCCGUUGGCCGGCGCUUGGGCGUGGUUUCAACACCGGCGUGAUGUUAUUAGACCUUUACAAAAUAAGGAAAACCACCAACUGGACUGCCACAUGGCAUAAAACUGUCAAUAUGAACUUGGAUAGGUUGAAAGAAACCACGUUAGCUGACCAGGACGUCAUAAAUGCUAUUAUCAAGAUGAACCCAUACAUAGUUUAUAAUAUAAGCUGUCAGUACAAUGUUCAAAUGUCCAUGCUAACCCUAGCGAAAAAUUGCUAUGGAGAGGAUGUCAAAAAUGUUAAGAUAAUCCACUGGAACUCUCCCAGCAAGUACAGUAUUAGGAUAAGAGAUUCGGAUUUUUUUAGAAACAUACACCAGUCCUAUGUCAAUUUUGAUGGAAAUCUGUUGAGGGAAAAGUUGCAUAGAUGUUCACAAACAGAAGUGGUCACUUACAAGAUGAACCAUUCAGACUUAUGUCUAAGCUUCCGCGCGGCGCAACGAAUAAAGCUGCGUACACACGUGUACUACAUGGACUACAACUACGUCGACAUAGACAACUUUGACGUCACCCUGGUGCUGCAGUUGUCUAUGGAUAGAUUACAGUUCUUGGAGAGACUGGUCAAGCAUUGGGAAGGUCCACUGAGCGCCGCAAUAUAUCUGUCGGACUGCGAAGUCACGAAAUUGGAGAGUUUCAUACGAGACUGGUCUUCAACGCUCAGCACUAGGACUAAUAUUGGCUACCAUUUAGUUUUUAAGCAUGAUUCGUUGCAUUACCCAGUGAACUACCUCCGCAACGUGGCGCUGCAGAACGUGAACACGCCUUACGUGUUCCUGAUGGACGCGGACUUCGUGCCCAUGGCGGGCCUGUACCACCAUCUGAGGGCCGCCACCAAGCUGAUCAACCCGUAUCCCCAAAAAAAGUGCCUCGUAGUGCCAGCAUUCGAAACGCAAAGGUACCGGGCGUCCCCUCCAAGGUACAAGAAGGAACUCAUAUCCCGUCUGUCCCUGAGACACGCGGCCGGGGACGUGGCCCCCUUCCGGGCCCGAGAGUGGCCCAGGGGACAUCGGGCCACUAACUACAACAAGUGGACCACUUCUAAAGCGCCUUAUGACGUUGAGUGGGAAUCGGAUUAUGAGCCAUAUCUAGUGGUGCACCGAACUGUGCCCAAGUAUGACACACGGUUUUCUGGCUUCGGCUGGAAUAAGGUGUCUCAUAGCGUGGAGCUGCGCGCGCAGGGGUACAAGCUGGUCGUGCUACCUGACGCGUUCGUCGUGCACACUCCACACGCACCUUCGCCGGAUAUCACUGCAUUUAGGGCCGAUAGGCAUUACCGCAUAUGCCUCGAACUAUUGAAGCACGAGUUUUUGGACGACCUCAAAAGAAAGUACAACGUCAGCCUCGAUGAUAAUCUGAAGACUUAGCAUUUAAGACAUAUUCGCAUUUUUAUAUAUUUCUAAUCAAUCAUGUAUGUAUAAUACAAUGUACAUAAUAAGACAUGUAUGUAGCCUAAUAUUCUGACUUUUUAGUAUUAUGUAUAUGAGAUUGUAGAUAUAUUUUGCGUCGAAUGCCCUGCAAAACGGACUCAACUUAUUUGGUAUACAGUGACCGGCAAACGACUUGAGCAAAUGCGCAUAAUCGAUUAAAUAGCUCGUUCACACAGGCUGCGUAAGCGUAGACGUAGCGCGUACCAUUGCGUUGUAAUGUAUGGAACUGUAUGAAACAGCACACCGCUUGCGUAAAGCGUGGACGUAUGCGUAACCCGUGCGUGCGUGUUAGGGGUUUACUCACGUCACUACGCACGUGUCACGUGUACGUGCUUGGUGUGAAUCGGCUUUAUCUCUAUCGGCUCUUUGCCCGACCGAAGGAGGCGCGAGUAAAUUUCUACCGCGCGAGAGCUUGCGAUUGGUUAAUCAAUUGCCUCUAGUUUGCCGCGAUGCGCUAAUUUUUGCUCAGUACUUCGCUUUUUA